AUGCUGCGCGCCUUCUCCCUUCCACUCUUAAACAAGGUGCCCUACGCCACCUUGUUUAAAUACAACCAUGUCCUUCAUAGUGUGUUCAAGGCGCCGUCGUCGAAGGUGGCGCUGACGCUUGAGCUGCCAAGGAUGCCCAAUGCGCAAUUUACGUACGGGCAGCUGCAACGCGAUGUAGUGGCGAUGGCGGACGUGAUGGUGCGACGGAAGGAGGCGGUGGCUCAGGCGCGGGGCGAGACCCCGCUGAGCUGGCUGCAGCCAUGCAGGCCGGGGCAUGUGCGCAGUGUGUUUGCGCAGGGUGAGUGGACGCCGAGCUGCGACUAUAUGAAGGACACAGGCUUCUACACAAUGUCCAUGUUGUGCGGCCCGGGGUACACGUACGUUGUAUCACUACUGGCGGGCUGGUCGUUGAACCAACUCAUGACACCGAUGUCUGUGUCUCAGCAGUGCAACAACGAACUGAUGUACGUGCAGGAGCACAGCGGCUGCCGCAGCGUUGUUGGCGAGACCCAGCUGCUGAAGGAGAAGUUCCCUGCGGAGUACAAGGACUUGUACGUUUGUGCUGAGGAAGACAUCGGCAAGGUCCCGUGGAGUGUGUCCAAAAAGGAGGCAGCGACGCAUAGCGCCGCGACAAUGGCCUCGAACACGUUCCUCGUUGACACCGUCUACGACGCCACUCUCCUUCUUCGCGAAAUCGCUGCAAAGCGCGAUAUGAAGGGGACCGCCACGUUAAAGGCAAGGUGGCUACCGCCGGCGGAGAGCGCCUGUGCACCGAUGCGCAGCGCUGAGGAUCUGGUGAGGCGUCUCGACGACGAGCGGGCUGCCGCCAAGGCGCGUGAAUUGGAUCGCCAAGCAGAAAUUGUGCAGGAGGAACAUUUCCAUCGGAACCGAGCGCCAGCUGAAGCCUGGGGAGCUGCUGAUCUGGAGGACGACGAUGUGGAUGGCGAUGGCCUCUUCUGCUUCGACUCGGUGCACCUUGAUAAACUAAACCACGUUUAUCAGCGCUGGUACGGCAAGCCGGCAACGCGCCCUACGAAGUACGACGAUUGUCUCAUGAUCUACACCUCCGGCACAACGGCGAAACCGAAGGGUGUGGUGCACACCCAUGCCAGCGUGGCCAACAUGGUGAAGGUGUUGCAGGAUGCAUGGGAAUGGAGGGAGACAGACUCCAUUCUUCACAUAUUGCCGUGGCACCACAUACAUGGGCUGGUUAACAUCCUCCUGUGCGCCAUUGCCUCGAAUGCUCGCUGCGUAAUUACCACCUUUGACGACGCUGCGCGGGUGGCGCAUCGACUAGAGCAGGGUGACAUCACGCUGUUCAUGGCGGUGCCGACUGUUUACACGAAGCUCAUUGACGCCGUGCAGCGAAGAUUCAGUCCCAUUGAGAAGACCGGCUUCCGAAAGGCUUGCAUGAGGUCUGUCCGCCUCAUGGUCUGUGGUAGCGCGCCCCUACCGGUGCCAACGCUCAACCAGUUCUGCGAACUCUCGGGUCACACGCUGCUAGAGCGCUACGGCAUGACGGAGAUCGGCAUGGCCCUCAGUCAGCCGCUCUAUCCCAUCUCCGACCGGCACCCCGGGACGGUAGGCUCGCCACUGCCGACAGUGACGACGUACUUGCACCAACCGGAGACAGCGGAGGCGAUGGAGCAGGCGUCAGCAAAGAAGGCAGAGCACGACGAGGUGGGAGGGCUGGGCAUCUCGUCGGAGUCGCUCUUCGACCGCUACUGGAACAACGCGACAGCAACAAAGCAAGAAGUGCGCACGAAUGCGGAAGGGCUGCGGUUCUUCGACACGGGUGACACCGUUGGCAUGCGGCUGCAGGUGGGAAAGCCGGCCGUGUACACAAUCCUUGGACGUUCGAGUGUGGACAUCAUCAAGUCGCGCGGGUGCAAGCUCUCUGCGCUGGAGAUCGAGGCCGCGCUGCUUGUGCGCAAGGACCUGUUUUACGAGAUGGCUGUUGUUGGCACUGCAGAUGCUGUGCAGGGGGAAAGCGUGGUGGCUGUUGUUGCGAUGCAGCCGGAGGCGGCGAGGGCGCGCGGGAUCACGUUUGGCGAGGGCGUUGCGUCGCACGAGUCUACAGCGGUGACGGAGGAGCUGAAGAAGGCGGCGCUGGAACUGCUUGCACCGUACAAGUGCCCGUCGCGGUACAUUAUCGUGCCAGAGAUCCCGCGGAACCAGACGGGUAAGGUGAACAAGAAGAAUCUGAAGAAGGCGCUGAACCUGCCCUGA